GUGCAGGAGGAGGAGGAGGAGGAGAAGGGAGAAGAAGAAGAAAAGAGGAGAAGAAGGAGGAAAAAAGAGGAAGUGGAAGGAAAAAGAGAGGAGGGAUUUGCACUGAGGGGAACUUUGACACGAAUGCACAACGCAGGCAGUGUGUGGCGCUUGGAAUAACACACAAGUGUGCGUGCCAGUGCGGGAUAAACCAGUCCGGGCUUGGCACGGAUUGAGUUUAGGUGUGCCACCAGGCUGGACUUUGAAGUUAUUAAAAUCGUGGAAUAACACGCCGCAGCUCCGGAGCUGAUCAUUUCCCUGCACCGCAGCAGCAGCAGCAGCAGCUCCUGCCUGCGCGGAAACUGGGUGUUUUUUUGCAUGGAGUUUGGCGCACGGGCAGGUCCCAGCUGGUGAACGCUGCAUUUCGACACUUUCCACCUUCCGUCACAGCGGUCAGCCAGCGCGGUGCACGCCGGGGCAGGGAGCCUCUGUGUCGGGGAGCUACAGCACGGAGUGUCGGCAAACGGACGGCGCUUUUUUUUUCUGGAUCUUACUCGCUUUCUGUGGUUUUACUUUUUUAACCCGGGUGUCCUGUCUGGGCUUUUAUUAGUUGCCCCCGCAGUGUUGUUAUGUUCGUGCCGGCUGCCCCUGACAGUUAGUUUGCAGGUUUGUUUCUGCUCGGAGGGGAACUUGCUGUCGUCGUGGAGGGAUUUUUCCUCUUCUUCAGCCCCGACUUGGAGCCGUGACAGCGGGCUUUAACUGGCGGAAUAAUCAAUAAAAAGGAAGCCCCCCCCCUCCUCCUCCUCCUCCCUGUCCUGCGUGAGGAGUGUAUGAGGCUAACACAGAAGUAGCUGCGUGCCGAGCCGAGCCAGACCAUGCCAGUCAGAAAGAAAGAUGCACAGCGAGCCCUGCUGCUGCUGGAGGAGUACCGGGCCAAGCUGCAGCACGCCGAGGACCGGCAGCUCCGACACUCCAUCCAGAGGGUCAUCGACAUCUUCCAGAGCAACCUCUUCCAGGCUCUCAUAGAUAUCCAGGAAUUUUACGAAGUGACCUUAUUGGACAGUCAGAGAUGGGUGGAGUCGCCCAAGGCGGCGGACCCCAUGGCGCCCGUCAACCUGUGGGACUUCUCCAGCCUUCAAAGCGCAACGGUGACUUCGGACACUCUGCCCAGCCUUAGCACCAGCAUCGAGAAGUACAGGCACCACGAUGAGGACUCGUCCCCCCAGGACCAGAGCUCCCCACAGCUGACGGAGGAGGCAGGGGCGGCGGAGCUGGUCCAGGUAGCAGAGAAAAACCUUUCCCAGAUCGAAAAUGUGCACGGAUACGUCACCCACGCUCACAUCUCACCCAUGAAGGUAGCGUCUCUGGAGUGCAUCUUUGACGGCUCUUCAGUGUUAGGACAGCACCUCCCGGAGCUCCCCUCCCCUACGCCCUCCACUCUCUAUCCCCACGGCGAGGACAGCCCCCUCCCCUCCUGCUCCUCCAACCCCUACCCCCCGAUCCAGGCCAAUCCUCCCCCCGUGGUGGUCAACGCAGACAGCCUGGACACGCCUCCGUAUGUGAACGGGACGGAGGCUGAUUAUGAGUACGAGGAGAUCACGCUGGAGAGGGGGAACUCAGGACUGGGCUUCAGCAUCGCGGGCGGCACAGACAACCCCCACAUCGGUGAAGACCCCAGCAUCUUCAUCACCAAAGUGAUACCUGGAGGAGCCGCUGCCCAGGACGGACGGCUCAGGGUCAACGACGUCAUCCUGAGAGUCAACGAGGUGGACGUCCGGGACGUGACCCACAGCCGGGCCGUGGAGGCUCUGAAGGAGGCCGGAUCGCUGGUCCGACUCUACGUCCGCCGGAGGAAACCCGUCUCUGAGAAAGUGAUGGAGAUCAAGCUGGUGAAAGGACCCAAAGGUCUGGGCUUCAGUAUAGCAGGCGGAGUGGGGAACCAGCACAUCCCGGGCGACAACAGCAUCUACGUGACCAAGAUCAUCGAAGGAGGAACCGCACAUAAAGACGGGAGGCUGCAGAUCGGAGACAAACUGCUGGCUGUGAACAGUGCUUGCCUGGAGGAGGUGAGCCACGAACACGCCGUCACCGCCUUGAAAAACACUCCGGACGUGGUCUACCUAAAAGUGGCUAAACCCAACAGUGUCUUCAUGAACGACAGCUUCGCCCCGCCCGACCUCACCAACUCAUACUCCCAGCACAUGGAGAACCAUAUCAGCCCCCCCAACUUCCUGGCUCAGACCCUCCCCCCGCCAGCGUCUUCGGGACGCUACUCCCCGACGCCGAAGAGCAUGCUGGGAGAAGACGACGUCACACGGGAGCCCAGGAAGGUGGUGCUGCACAGAGGAGCGACGGGACUGGGCUUCAACAUCGUGGGCGGGGAGGACGGAGAGGGCAUCUUCAUCUCCUUCAUCCUCGCUGGAGGACCGGCCGACCUCUGUGGGGAGCUGAGGAAAGGAGACCGACUCGUCUCCGUCAACGGGGUGGACCUCCGGAACGCCACUCACGAACAGGCCGCCGCCGCCCUGAAGAACGCCGGGCAGACGGUGACCAUCAUCGCCCACUACAGACCAGAGGAGUACAGUCGGUUCGAGGCGAAGAUCCACGACCUGAGGGAGCAGAUGAUGAACAGCAGCAUCAGUUCUGGAUCCGGAUCUUUGCGGACGAGUCAGAAGAGGUCGCUGUACGUCAGAGCGCUGUUUGACUACGAUAAGACCAGAGACUCCGGGCUGCCCAGCCAGGGGCUCAACUUUAAGUUCGGAGACAUCCUCCACGUGGUGAACGCCUCCGACGACGAGUGGUGGCAGGCCAGACAGCUGACGUCACAGGGGGAGGUGGAGGAGGUCGGAGUGAUCCCCAGCAAGAGACGGGUUGAGAAGAAGGAGAGGGCGAGAUUAAAGACGGUGAAGUUCAACGCGAAGUCUCGAGACAGAGGGGUGAGUGUUCUGCAGAAGCAGCAGUGUUUGUAGAUAUAAUACAGGAAGUAACAACUUAUCC